AUGAUCGCUUCGACACAGCGCAGCGCGCAGCCACGCAUCUCAGCUCAGCAAGUUGCCGCUGCUUCUCGGCACAUGUCGACCACCUCCACGCCACGUGUGGCGGUGCUCUAUCAAGAACUCGAGCCACCGUUGAUCAACGGAGUGCGCAAGCCUAAGAAGUCUGGGGGAUACAGAGAUUCUGGAGCGGACAUCGCAUACGUGCUGAAACACCAGUGCGCGAUAGAUGUCAUCACCCCAGUUUCCGCUCCCGACCCUGAAAGAGAUGCAGACUGGUGUUUUGGAGAUUCAGAACGUGGAAUGAUGGACGCGAUCAAGAAGGGAGCAACACACUUCUGGGCGAACACCAUACUCUUCGCGAAUCAUCCACUGCAAACAUCGCCCAGUCUGACAAGUGUGGCUAAGACAUUGAAGGUUGUUGGUCAGCCGCCCAAACUGGUCGAACAAUACGAUGACAAGUCUUUUGUCAACAAUCUUCUCCGUGCUCGCGGCGGCUUUACGCUACCCGGCGCUCACGACGUUCACGACGAGCAAGCUCUUGCGGAUAUUCUUCGGGUUGAUCUAAAAUAUCCUGUGGUCGCAAAGCCUGUCCGAGGCCGAGGUAGUUAUGGCGUCAAGGUAUGUCGUUCGCCAGAAGAACUGAACGAGCACUGCCGUGGUUUGUUGAAGGAGGAGACAUCCGUGAUCAUCGAAGACUAUCUUGCUGGGCAGGAAGCGACCGUCACCGUGAUGCCGCCUUCGUCAGCCACAGGACAGAAUGACUACUGGGCAAUGCCAGUCGUGGAACGAUUCAAUCACGCUGACGGUGUGGCACCGUACAACGGCAUUGUUGCUGUUCUUCAGAAUUCACGAUGUCUGUUUGAGAGUGAACAUGAAUCUGACCCACACUAUAGUGAGAUACAGUCUCAGUGCAUUGAGGUAGCAAAACUACUCCAGUGUACUGCUCCAAUGAGAAUUGAUGUUCGUCGAUUCGAAGAGAAUGAAUCGUCACCAUUCGCUUUGUUCGAUGUCAACAUGAAGCCGAACAUGACAGGCCCUGGUAGACCCGGGAGGGAGCAGCAAGCUAGUCUGAGUGCAUUGGCUGCUGCCGGUUUGGGGUGGGAUUACCCAACUCUGCUGUUGAAGAUACUCGAGUCGAACUGCUCGCUGCAUGAUCUGAGGGAUGUCAAAUUGUCGUCAGUCGUUCGUGCAUAA